AUGGCCAGAGUUCCUGACAUGUUUGAAGACCUGAAGGACUGUUAUAGUGAAAAUGAAGACUACAGUUCUGCCAUUGAUCAUCUCUCUCUGACUCAGAAAUCCUUCUAUGAUGCAAGCUAUGGAUCACUUCAUGAGAACUGCAUGGAUGAAUUUGUGUGUCUGAGAACCUCAGAAACUUCUAAGACAUCCAAGUUCACUGUUGAGGAGAGCCUGGUGAUGGUGGCAGCAACAUCAAACAGAGGGAAGAUUCUGAAGAAGAGACGAUUGAGUUUCAACCCAGCCUUCGCUAGUAAUAAUCUGGAAUCCAUGACCAAUGAUUUAGAAGAAACCAUCCAGCCCCGGUCAGCAUCUUACAACUUCCAGAGUGAUGUGAAAUACAGACACUUACGGACCGUCAAACAGGGAUUUGUCCUGAAUGAUUCCCUGCAACAAAAUAUAUAUCGGGAUGGAGACGAUGUACAUCUCAAAGCUGCAUCACUGUCUGACCUGCAACAUGAAGUGAAGUUUGACAUGGAUGCCUACUCAUCAGGAGAUGAUACUAAAUAUCCUGUAACUCUAAGAAUCUCAAACAGUCAGCUCUUUGUGAGUGCCCAAGAUGAAAACCAACCUGUGUUGCUGAAGGAGAUGCCUAACACACCAAAACUCAUCACAGGUAAUGAGACCAACCUCAUCUUCUUCUGGAAAUCUACUAGCUCUAUGAACAACUUCGAAUCGGCUGCCUAUCCAGACCUGUUUUUUGCCACAAAAGAGCGAGAUCAGGUGCACUUGGCAAGGGGCCUACCCUCUAUGAUAGAUUUCCAGAUACCAUAA